CGAAGUUUACGUGUGGUAACACGCUUUUCCAUUCUCUAUAACAAAUUGUAUUUAUUGUGAAACUGUUAAACGAAGUUUAUAAAAUAAUAACUUACUAAUUUUAUUUUCAACUAAUUUAAAAGAAAGUACUAAGUCAAACUAUAAAAUUUAAUUUUUAUUUUUUAAUUUCAAGAAGAAAAUAAAAACUCACGAUUUUCUACAACCAUUAAAAAAACUUAAUUAUUAAAUGAAUGUUUGCUGGUAUAUAAGCCCGUAUUAACUUUGUAAAAAACAUCAGAAAGUAUCCAAGAGAACUGUCUUGAAACCUGGAAAAAUGAAGCUUAUUAUUGUAACCUCCGCUUUCCUUGCAAUCUUUUGCUGUUUUUCGCAAAUAGAAUUCACUUCAGCAAAACCUACAUAUGGAUAUGGACUUCCAGUAGGAAGUGCUCUUCAAGGACUUGAUGCUGCAACUCUUCUUGCUCUUCUAGGGGGAGGUGCUAGUGGUCCACUAGGUUUAGGUGGUCUUCUAGGUGGUGGUCUCCUAGGAGCUUCAGGACCAACUUCUCAAUCAAAUACCGAGAACGUUGCCAUUAGUGGGUUAGGAAACCAAUAUUCAUCAUUAAUUGAUCUUACUGGAAAUCUUAACGCAUUAUCAGGCGGUGUAUUGUAGAUAUUUUCUAUAUACAUAAUGAA